CUGUUGUUAUUACCGGUCUACGAAGCGGGUUGCUUGAUGGAUGGUCGUUCCUGCGAUCUUGGGGGUGUGCCAGUGGUGGCGUCUGACGGUACCUCUUCCGCUGACGCCCGCGGCGGCACGGAGCGGUCUGCCGUUGACGGUGCUUCCCCGCAGACGCGGAAUGCGGAUGGCUCGUCGGAGGCUGGAAUGCGCGUGGGUGUCUCCAAGUCGGUCGGCUCGGGGGUGAAGAAAGACCUCCAGAAGUGCGCGACGUUCCCAUCGUCUGCCGCUGAGGUCGAACAGGAGGACUCUUGCUCUGAUGCGGAUGAUGCUAAGGAUGCUCACACUUACCAGCGCUCUGUUUCAUUGCCUUCACCUGUGAAGCUCAUCCCUGCUAUUAAAGGAAGCCGCGAAAAGAAUGGGGUGCCAUCACCAAGAGAGAAUCGCCACAUCAAAUGGGCGGAGGACGUGUAUGACCCCCCUGUCACAUCUGUUUCUCAUUCUGUGAACAACAGUUACAAAAGACGGCCCAAUCCCCGUAAGAAGGACAAGAGCAAACAGAAACAGAAGCAGAAGGGCAGAUCCAAGAAAAAAACCAAGAACACUAACCAGAACCCAGCUGUAAUCCAGACUCCUGAUGGACUGGAAGACCUUGGCACCUCCAUUGGUACGGAAGCUCCAGCUGAUCCUGGAAAGCAUGAGACCGAGGUCUUGGACUAUGGCAUCAGCAGCCAAGAUGCCAAAUGUGGAAGUAGCUUCCUGCUUGAGACGGUUGCGAAAAUGCAUUUCUCUACCGCCGAGGCUUCCUGAAACGCCCGCGGGAGACUCGAGGCUUUGCAGAAGCAUCUCCAUUAUGUAAAUACAUGGCGGCUGUACAUAAAUAAAUCACGUAUGUUGUUAUCACCAUGUACCUCCUGUUGUGCUAGACUACGUCCAUGAUUUUGUAGCAAAGCGUGAUGACUUUUGGACUAGUUUUUGUAUGCAACCAUUUGUCCAGCUGGACAGGAACAAAAGUAUCAUUAAUCUAUUACGUUGCAGUUUUACGGUCGUCUA